AUGCCGAACCCUACAGAUAUUCCGUCAUUCGCCGCCUCGCAGCUCACACUGCUCGAUGCCGAGCUUCAAGCCGAGCUCUCCGAAACAAACGCGCUUCUCUCGUCACACACGCCUACCGCCCUCUCACGCGCCGGUCUCGCGAUCCUGAACCUUAACAUAUCUUCUAUACGGACAGGGCUGGGCGGCAAGACCGUGGUCGAGCUAGGACUGGAUUCGGCAGUUGUCGCUAAAGGCGAGAAGCCGGACAUCCCAGAACACGGCAUACGUGUGGGCGAUAUAGUCGCGGUUCAAGACCAGCCCAGCGGGAGCGCGAAGAAGACGGAUAAGAAAGAGCUCGAGAAGAAAGGCGCCUCGGGCGUAGUUCUCAGGGUACGUAGGGAGAAUGUGGAAAUUGUACUGGACAAAGAGGACGCAGAUGUGCCUACUGGCGGCAAGCUAUGGAUAGUCAAAUUGGCGAACGACGUCACCUACAAGAGGAUGAACCAAACGAUGAACAGGCUGCAGAAGCUCGGAGACCAAGAGUACACUCCCUUCAUGCGCGUACUCUUUGGACAGGCAUCGCCUACGCCCCUACCCUCGGACCUGAAUGAUCCAUCAAAUCCCCUCCAUAAGCUUGAGUGGAACGAUCCAUCUCUCAAUGACAGCCAGCAAGAAGCCAUCAGAUUCGCGCUAGCGUCCCAAGAGGUCGCGCUGAUCCAUGGCCCUCCAGGCACAGGCAAGACGCACACCCUGAUUGAGCUUAUCCUCCAAUUGCUCAAGCAGAAGCUUCGCUUGCUGGUAUGCGGUCCAUCGAACAUAUCCGUAGAUAACAUUGUCGAGCGUCUAGCAUCUCACAAGGUACCCAUGGUGCGCCUCGGGCACCCAGCACGCCUCUUACCAUCCGUCUUGAAUCAUUCUCUCGACGUUCUCACACGAACUUCAGAAGCAGCCGCGUUAGUCCAGGACGUUCGCAAAGAAAUGGAUGACAAACAGUCUUCUAUCCGCAAAACACGCAACGCCAAAGAGCGCCGUCAGAUCUACACCGAGCUGAAGGAGCUCCGACAAGAGUACAGAGAGCGAGAAAAGGGAUGUGUAAACAAUCUAGUAACUGGCAGCAAGGUCGUCCUUGCGACGCUGCAUGGCGCGGGUGGCUUCCAUCUAAAAGGUCAGGAGUUCGACGUCGUCAUCGUAGAUGAGGCCAGUCAGGCUUUGGAGGCUCAAUGCUGGGUGCCUUUACUGUGGGUCAAGGCAAGUAAGCUGGUGUUGGCCGGCGACCACCUCCAAUUACCACCCACUAUCAAGUCUCUCAACUCGAAACAAACGAAAGCGGCCAAGAAGGAAGCCAGCAAGAGUAAGGAUAGCGCAGAGAAUCCCGUUGGCAAGCUGAUUACCGGCAUGACGCUCGAAACAACUCUUUUCGACAGGCUAUUUUCUCUACAUGGACCGUCGAUCAAGCGGAUGCUAACGACGCAAUAUCGCAUGCAUGAGAAGAUAAUGCGAUUUCCAUCGGACGAACUAUAUGAUUCAAAACUUAUCGCAGCAGACUUCGUCAAGGACCGUCUACUGAAGGACUUGAAGUACGACGUGGAAGAAACUGAAGAUACACAAGAGCCGCUCGUCUUCUGGGACACUCAGGGCGGUGACUUUCCCGAGAAGAUUGAAGACGAGGGUGUGAUAGGCAAGGGCGGGAAAGGCAUGAGCCUUGGCGAUAGCAAAUCGAAUGAAGCAGAAGCCGCGUUGGUGAAGAUGCAUGUCGCGAAUCUGAUCAAAGCCGGCGUUAAAGCGGAAGACAUCGCGGUGGUUACGCCAUACAAUGCACAGCUCGCAUUGCUUGCUGGAAUGCUCAAAGAGGCGUAUCCUGGUAUCGAACUAGGAUCCGUGGAUGGCUUCCAAGGCCGCGAGAAGGAAGCCGUCAUUGUCAGCACAGUACGGAGCAAUCCAGAGCAUGAGGUGGGCUUCUUGGGCGAGAAGAGACGGCUCAACGGUACGUCAGCUCCUACUCUGCCGACUCGCCGCAAUAUCUACGCAUGA